CUUUUUGCUGAAGUCGAUGUGUUCAGCCAGAUCGCCGCCAUGUUUGGUUUGGGCUUUAGCCCUGUGGCCGGGGAUGACUUUGGGGGCGCCGGGCCUUCGUGAAGUGCUCGAAGAUCGGGUAGCCGCCAAAGACAAUGUGAGCCGCCUUUUUUCCCAGUUAACCCUCUCGAGAGCCGCCUGCUACAAAGCAGCUGCCCGUGACUUGAAAAAACUAUUGCGAAAGGCUCCUGAGAACUGCAAGGAGCACUUGAUGAACUUCUAUUGCGAGAUUGUGGAGGACGCGCAGAGCUUCAACACUUGCGCCCAGCUCCAGGACAAGAAGGCUCAGCUGGAGUACUACGAAUGCAUUGCUCGGCCGGUAUCCGCAGUGGAUGGGAUGCGCAAGCCCUUUUCAUCACAAUGUCCUCUUUCAGAGAGGACAACUGAGAAGGGUGUUCCUCUUCAGCUGCGCUCGGUGGGCUCCAUACGUUUGGCCUUUUUGCUUUUGGCCCAUCGCUCAGCGCUGAAUGUCCAGCGGCUGCUCAGUCGCAUCCACUCGCCCAACCAUGAGUACCUGGUGCAUGUGGAUGUCAAGUCCCCGGAGGUGAAAGCUGAGAUUGAGAAAUCCAGCCUUGCACGCUGGGAGCGUUUAGAGAUCUUCUCGGAGGUGAAUGUCACACAAGGUGGCAACGACCUUUUGCAGAUCAAUAUCCUCGGGCUCAAGCGCCUGUUGAAAACGCCUCGAUGGGAAUACAUGGUGAAACUCAGUGAGUUUGACUACCCCGUUGCACCGCUCUACGCCUUGGAGCAAUAUUUGUGGGCAGCGCAGGAUUUGAAUUUUGUUGGCUUGGAUUCUUGCUACAAGGGAACGUGCUCACGUCACAUGGGCACAGCAUGUGAAGGGCGAGCUUACAGCUUUCUUUCCACCUUACGCAUGUACAAACCUUUGUCAUACGGAAUGAAGUUUGCACGUGGCAGUGAGUGGUUGGCAUUGACUUGGGACUUCUCCCGCUACUUAAUGAAAGAGCUCGAGAAGUUGCACUCUCCGAUGCAUGAGGUUUGGACAGAUGCACUGUUGCUGUACCAGCCAGAUGAGAGUUUUUUUCAUACCGCCUUGCUCAACUCUCCCUUUUGCAUGAGACAUGUGAAUCGACACUUGCACUACAUUCCCACGAUUUUGCCUGAGAAGAUUUUGCACGGAAAGCAGGAUGAGAUUGGCACUCGAAGCCCUGCAUUCUUGACUGCAGCUGACUAUUCAGCCAUUCUUGAAGAGAAAGCAGCUCGUCCAAUCUUUUUUGCCAGGAAGUUGCAGGAUGCGCCACACGAAGCGACCAUGAGACUGUGCCGGAAACUGGACUCCAGAUCUACUCAGGAUGGGACAUCUUGGGCGUUUCGCGAGAUUGCAUGGCCUGGCUUGCUGCAGUGGCUGGAGGAGCAUUUGGAGAAAUGGAUGGCCUUGAAGAGGCCUAGCGGGUCUAGCAGCACAUCCGACACCGAGCCUUCCGAAUCCAACGGUUCUUGCCCGGACGAAGCAGCGCAACGCAACAGCUCGCUGCAGUGGCUGAAGCGGGAGCCCAGUUUGCCCAGAGACGGGGCGCAACGCACCGAGCAGCGCUUUACACCGGAGUCCUGGCACUUUGGGAACGCACAAAGUGCCACAUAUCGCCUGGUGGAGCGCUUGGCCACACCUAAGAGGGGCUUGGGCAUGCCCGGUGCAGGGGGGUUUGGUAUGAGCCUACUGGUUGCGAGGCUUGGAACAGCUUGGUUGGAGGAAUCUGAGAUUUUUGAGGGUCAUGUGAGCAUUGUGCCCUCCCGUGGAAAAAUGCUGAGCUUCGUUACCUACUGGUCACCUCAGGUGCCUGAUCCUGACUUGCCAGAGGUUUUGGUCGCUGGUCCGGGCAAGUCGUGUCAAGCACGGAAAAAGAUGGAGGAGAUUCACAAGUGGGGAACACCUUUGGUGCUUCAACUGGCCUGUGACCUCCCGCCUGGUCUGCACCGAGUGCAAGUGAAGCUGCGGAAGGACGGUGCAACUCAAGCAGUGGCUUGGCGCGACUUCUUGGUUUUCCAAGCCAUGAGAGAUGUCGGAUUGGACCACAUGAGGCGUUUCUUUGACCUCGAGGAGGUGCGUCCUGAGGUACUAAAACAGAGCGUGGCCAUGCAUCUCCAGAGGACCUGGGACUGGUCAUAGGAUGUGCAGUUUGUAUCACUUCUCCAUGUGUUUCU